AUGGAAAAGAGACAGACAGUGGAAUGGUUAGAUCUUCCCACCGAGUUGUGGACAAUGAUAGCCAAACAUCUCAUUAUAGACAACACUUCAUUUGAAGAAGUUUUCCGGUUUCGCAGUAUUUGUAAGACAUGGCGCUCCGCUCACCCUCUCCCGCAACACACACCAUUUGCUCCGCAAGUUCGCAUUCCUCUUAGGAGGCGUCGAAAAUAUUUCCUCCUCCAAACCACCAUGUACCGUCUCCAGCCAUUAUUAAAUGAUGACGAUGCACCUUCAAAAGGGUGGCUUAUAAUGCUCGGAAAGUCAGAAUCCGUGCCACUUCGUCUCUUAAAUCCUUUCACCUGCACCCCUGUCUCAGACAACCCUCAAGCAUCGGAGGACACUUUGCAAAGGGUGGUAAAUUUCAUGAACUUUAAGGUUGUGAAGUUGCUUGAAGCCUUCAAUUGCAAUACCAAUAGUUUUCUUAAACAGGUAUUGUUCCCUAGUACUUUGCCUGUGGAGGGUCGUAUGGUGGGCGCUCUAUCUAAGGAUGAUUAUAAUAAUUUGUGGGUUCGCAAGAUUGGAGAUAAGAAAUGGACCAACAUAAAAUGGAGUGAUUAUGAAGGUUUUCAUGAUAUAAUCAUCCAUAAGGGGCAACUUUAUGUUAUAGAUUGUCUAGGAACAAUUUUUUGGAUGAAUCAUUUGUCCACGGAGUUGGUACAGUUUACACAACCAUUGUGCUCGUCGUAUAAAGGCAAAAAGAAGAAAAUGGUGGAGUUUCGUGGAAGACUCUACGUGGUUGUGAUGCUUAUGAAUACAAACCAUAGCUCUUGGAAAUUGGAAGCUGAUAUUAAAGUAUACACGGUCAAUGAAGAAUGGGGUCAUUGGGAAGUUGUGAAAAACUUGGGGAAUGUUGCAUUUGUUUUGGGUAGACACUCUAAUUUCUCAUUGUCAGCUCAAGAUUACCAUGGAAUUGAAGGGAAUUGCAUCUACUUUUCCGACUUCCUUGAUAUAUUCAAGGUUUACCGUUUCAGCUUAAAAGAUUCCAUGUUAACGAUUUCUAAACCUUUCUGGCCUUGUUCCAAUUUGUUCAAAAAGACCUAA